UAAAAAUAAUUUCACAGUAGUAAAUAUGUUGAAGUACACGCAACUGUGUCUAAAUUAUUUAAAAUCACACUCAACACUUCUUUCUCAUCAGAAUAAUGUAUUGGUGCAACAAAGCCGGAACACAUAUAUCUUAAAAAGAAAAUAUCCGGCACCUCUUUAUAAAAAACAUCAGAGAUUUCCACGGAUGACACAUAAACAUUUCAUUUAUGAAUAUGUAGAAAAUACAAAUCGAAGAAAACAAAAAAAGAUUGACUUAGUUUUGUUAGAGGAUGUAAAAAACGUUGGUGAAAAAGGUGAGAAGGUUUCAAUAACUUCUCAAAGAGCUUAUGAGACUCUAAUAUUACCGAAAUUGGCUGUAUAUGCAACUCCUGAAAAUCUCAAAAAAUAUUUAAUUGAAGAUGAAAUGAAAAAGAAAUUGUCUCUAAAUAGCUCUAAAUUUGUAACAAGAACAAUAGAUAUAUUAUCUCAAUGUUAUUUGCCAAUAACAAUGUCCAUCGAAAAUCCAUGGACUAUAGAAAAAUGGCAUGUGAGAGUAGCUUUUCGUAAUGAAGGAUACAUUGUACCUGAAGAUACUAUAACUCUUCCAAAGAAGACUAUAACUGGACCUGACUUAAACAUAGAAAAUAAAGAAUUUUAUGUUAUUGUCAAAAUUAAUAAUCAGGAGGAAGUAAAAGUCAGAUGUAAAAUACAUCAUUACACUUCUGAUCCCGAAAACAAAGUUAUAUAUGAAGUUCCAUUUUACCAAUUACCAAGCAUAGCAAUUUUUCCAGAAGAUCAACCAAUAUUAGAUUCCCUUCCAAAACAUCCUUUAGCUGAUAAAAUAGAUGAUGAUCUAAAAAAAUAAAUAAUAUAUUAUAUUUUAGUAAAUAAAUUAUUCAUUUGACGAAA